AUGCAGGAAAUUGUUGAUUCGUUUAUUGAAAAUUUUUUAUGGAUCAGUGAUGGUGGCGUGUGGAACAAACGUACACUAAAAAAUCUCCUAGAUAGUGGAAAACUUGAUAUUCCUAAAGCGGAAUUACUCCCAGAACAAAACGUUUUUGCUCCACACGUCAUUGUUGCAGAUGAUGCUUUCCCACUCGAAAUAAAAGUUAUGAAACCCUAUCCUGGAAAAUAUUUAAGUGUAGAGCGCAGAGUUUUUAAUUACCGCUUAUCAAGAGCUCGAAGAGUGGUAGAAAAUGCAUUUGGCAUUUUAGCCACUCGUUUUCGAGUUUUCCAAACAAAGAUACAGGCGCAGCCAAUAAAAGUCGUUAAGAUUGUGCUGGCAGCCUGUGCUCUGCAUAAUUUUUUGAGAUACAGGUGCAAAUACUUGUAUACUCCCUCAACAAGCUUGGACAGGGAAGAUUUGAAAAAUCUGCAAUAUUAUCCAAGCAGUGGGCGAAGCAACAAAAAUAUGUUCAAAAACUUCCGUCGAAACCAAUCUAAUGGUACUAUAGCAGCUAAAAACAUUCGAAAUCAUUUCAUGGAAUAUUUUAAUGGGCCUGGAGCAGUUUCAUGGCAAAGAGCUAUGUGCGAUUUACAUUGAGCUGAUAUUUAAGAGGUUUUAUCAACAUAGAAUUUUAGCGGAGCAGAAAGUAAAAUAUUUAGUUUUAAAUAUUUUUAAUAAAAUUUUGUUUCACAAAAAUACAAAUUAGUCCAAAAAUACAAAUAAGUUCAUCUGUAUCUUAAAUACGAGG